UUCUCGAUCCCGUGGUGCUCCGCGGCACGGUCUCGCUUUUUUCCGGUCGCGAGCAGCCAGGGCGUAGAGGGCGGUCGCGGCAGAAUGUUGGCUACCAGGGUAUUUAGCCUAGUUGGGAAGCGAGCCUUUUCUACCUCGGUGUGUGUUCGUGCACAUGGAAGUGUUGUAAAGUCUGAAGAGUUUUCUCUCCCAGCGUAUGUCGACCGGCGUGACUAUCCCUUGCCUGAUGUGGCCCAUGUCAAGAACCUUUCUGCCCAGCAGAAGGCGUUGAAAGAGAAGGAGAAGGCCGCCUGGAGCACCCUCUCCAUUGACGAGAAAGUUGAAUUGUACCGCCUUAAAUUCAACGAGAGCUUUGCGGAAAUGAAUAGAAGCACAAAUGAGUGGAAGACGGUUUUGGGCGGUGCCCUGUUCUUCAUCGGUUUCACUGCCCUCCUCCUGAUCUGGGAGAAGCAGUAUGUGUACGGCCCUGUCCCGCACACCUUUGAGAAGGAGUGGGUGGCCAAGCAGACCAAGAGGAUGCUCGACAUGAAGGGCAACCCGAUCGAGGGGUUUUCUGCCAAGUGGGACUACGACAAGAAUGAGUGGAAAAAAUAAGAACUUACUGUUCAUGUGUUUGAACCUUAACUUGUUCUGUCACCUCCAUGCAACUCAGAUUAUUUACUGGAAACCUGUUAUGUAAAGCGGUGAUGAUGCUAAUAAAUGACCAGUUUAUGUGA